AUGGAGGGCGGACUCCGAGUCCUACCUCCAGCUUCUGGCGUCACCCUUGGUGUCGCGAUCCCCAUCCCCGGUCCAGGAGGACACGGAGGAGGUGCCGACACGGAGCUGUCGGAGAACGAGGCGAUGGAGGCGAUCCGCGAAGAACCCCUCUCCUCAGAGGGCGAGGAGGACGACGGGGUGAGACGUCACCCGGUGGUAUCUCGGAGGAGGACGAAGGAGGCCGGAGCGCGAAGGCGAGGAUGGCUACCGCAGCGUGCGGCGGGCGACACAGGGCCACGGUCGGAUUCGGCUGGGAGAGGCGAUGCGUCGAAGGACCGCGGGAGGUGCGCGAGUUCGCGGAGGCACGGAUCGCCACGCUGCGGCGGUCGAGCGGAUGGUGGUGGAGCGGAAGGCAGCCGCCGCCAAGGCCGCGUGGGAAAAACGCCUGUCGGAGUGGCAAGAGGAGGAGGAGGCACUCCGCAGCCACCACCGCCACCACGCACGCCAACACCGCCGCCAGCACCACCGACGCCGCCACCGCCGCGCACGCCGACGCCGCCACCCCAGGAUGAGGAGGGGCCCCGGUGCGAGCGGCAGCAGUCCUGGGAAGUGGACCAGGCGCACGUCGCGCAGACGCUGCGCACGAUCGGCCUGGGCGGCCGCCGGUGGCACCAGCAACGGUGA